GAGCGCCGGGCCGGGAGCGCCGGGCUGGGCCGGGCGGGCCCGGGGCCGGGGCCAUGGCGCUGCCCGUGCUGUCCAGCUCGGCCGUGAAAUUCCGCCGGGUCCUGGCGCAGUUCCCGCAGGAGCUCAGCCUGGCCUUCGCCUACGGCUCCGGAGUGUUCCGGCAGGCGGGGGCCUCGGCCGAGCACGGCGAGACAAAUAUGCUGGACUUUGUGUUUGCUGUUGAUGAUGUUGUGACCUGGCAUAUGAUGAACUUGUCAAAGAACAGGAGUCAUUAUUCCUUCCUUAAAUUUUUUGGGCCCAAGAAGAUAAGUACUGUACAGAGAUAUGGAGCAGGAAUUUAUUACAACACCUUAGUGCCAUGCAAUGGCAGGAUGAUAAAAUAUGGAGUAAUUAGCACUGAUGCCCUGAUUGAGGAUUUGUUUCACUGGAAAACUCUCUAUGUGGCUGGGCGCCUCCAAAAGCCGGUGAAAAUCCUGGCCCAGAAUGAGAACAGCAGACUGCAAGCUGCUCUUAUCAGCAACCUGAAGAGUGCAGUGACAGCAGCCUUCCUCAUGCUGCCAGAGAGCUUCUCGGAAGAGGACCUGUACCUGCAGAUUGCUGGACUCUCCUACGCUGGUGAUUUCAGAAUGAUAAUAGGAGAAGACAAAUUCAAAGUGCAGAACAUAGUGAAGCCCAACGUUGCCCAUUUCCAGAAGCUGUACAGUACCAUACUCCAGGACUGCCCUCAAGUGGUGUACAAGCACCAUCUGGGAAGGCUCGAGAUUGAUAAAAGUCCAGAAGGUCAGUUUACACAACUUAUGGCUUUGCCAAAGACUCUGCAACAAAAGAUAACUGCUCUGGUAAACCCUCCUGGAAAGAACAGAGACGUGGAAGAAAUUUUACUGCAAGUUGCCCAUGACCCUGACUGUGGAUUUCUGGUGCAUCAAGGCAUUUCAGGAAUUGUGAGAUCCUCCAGUAUAGUGCAGAGUGCUAAAACCAUCCUGACAGCUGGGGCAAAGAAAUCUGUGACCUACAGUUUGAAGAAAUUAUAUAAGAUGGCAAAAGGAGGGUUAAAGAAGCCAUCUUGAGUCUGUACAUACUGUGUAUGGGUAAAUAAAUGGUACUUUUUCUCUAAAUGCUUUGCAGAUGUGACUGUGCAUACUUGAGAAGAUUACAGUGUAUUUAAGAAGUCUGUUCUGAUGAUUUACAUGCCCAAUUUUCUUAAUGAAAUAGAAACUUUUUAAAUGGGAGGUUUGUUGGCAAUAGGGCGAAGGAAUUAUACUCUGUAAAUACUGAAAUGAAUUUUCCUGUGUAUUUUGAAGAACCCCAAGUAUAAAAGAUUGAUUGCACAGAUGGAUUAAAACCCAAAGUGACUCAUUUUCUUUGUGGUGGUAGCUUUACUUCCCAAAGUACCCUCAGAGUCUCAAAAUGAUCAAUAUCCCAAAUUUAGUUCUUUGAGGGAUUUCCAGAACUGGAGAAUCCAUUGAGUUUUCAGUAGCUAUGAAACUGCCCCCCGACACUGCUGCCCUGACAGGUUCAUCCUUGGAAUUCCUCUGAGGAUGCUCCCUGUGACAUCUUGAAUCCCAAAAACUGCCACAGUGUGGGAGAAGGAAAAGAGCAGCUUGGCAGGUGACACAUGCUUUAAUAAUGAUAUUUAAUAAUAUUAAUAAAUAAGGAUGUUUAAUAAUAAUGUUGUGUGUUCCUCUCAUGAGGCUGAGAUGAAAGUGCCCGAUUCAUGGGCAUUGUCACAAGAGCACAGUUGGAAGGAAAAUCAGAAUUCCAUGGAUCUCUUUGGGCAGACUUAUGCAAUAUUUGUUGUUUGGCAGAUUUCAUCAAAAUACUUGAAAAUUUGGAAUAUUAUGAACAAAAGCACAGGUUGGUUAAUUCUUUGAUUAUCUUUUUUUUCCCCUUAAAGAAAGA